CAGAGCUCAGGCAGCAGCAGCAGCACUGAGCUGUCGCGUGGCCCCAGCCGCCUGCCGUGGCCCUCUCCCGCACCCUCGCUCGGACCCUCGCCCACCCCAGCCAUGGCUCCGAUGACUCUCUCGUGGCUGCUCCGCGUGGCUGUGCUCUGCCAUCUGACCGUCCUGCUGGCCGGACAGCACCUCGGUGUGAGGAAAUGCAACAUCACGUGCCACAAGAUGACCUCGGAGUUAAACGUGAAUUUACUCAUCGGCUAUCGACGAAACCAGGAGUCGUGUGGCAAACGUGCCAUCAUCCUGGAGACCAAGCGGCACAGAUAUUUCUGCGCUGAUCCAAAGGAGACAUGGGUCCAAGAAGCCAUGAAGCAUCUAGACCGAGCAUCUAGCCAGGCUGCUCCUGACGGCAGGACCGAGAAGCGAACUGGCCCCGAGGAAAUGUACUCGUCUGUAGCCUCAGAGCCUGAAGCCACCGUGCAAAGCCGUGGUCUGGAGAUGACUUCGUCUUCCCAGGAGGUGCCCAGGGCUUUGGGGACUUCCCCAGAGCUGCCAGUGGGAGUGUCUGCUUCCUCGGGGACCAGGUUCCCCCCAACUUCAAAGGCUCGGGAUGGAGGGCCUGAGGACACUGAAGUUUCUACUCUGGCUGCCAUCUCCACUGCUACCGCCUGGCAGAGUUCCGCAGCCUACGCGCCUGGGACCGGCCUCUGGGCCGAGGAAAAGACCUCUGGGGCCCCCUCCACCCAGACCCCCAGCACGCAGGUCCCCCCCACCCAGGCCCCCACCACCUGGGCCCCCACCCUUUCCCACCCAGCCCUGGAGGAGAACGCUGGGGCUGAAGGCCAUGCUGUGAGCGCGGAGGGCCAGAGCCCCCGGCCGGAGAACUCUCCAGGGCCCGAGGAGAUGGAUCCCGUUCCGGCUCACACGGAUGCUUUCCAGGACUGGGAGCCCGGCAGCAUGGCCCACGUUUCUGUGGUCCCUGUCCCUUCUGAAGCGACCCCCAGCAGGGAGCCGGUGGCCUCAGGCAGCUGGGCCCCCAAGGCGGAGGAGCCCAUCCACGCCACCGUGGACCCGCAGAGGCUGAGCGUCCUCAUCACCCCUGCCCCUGACCCCCAGGCGGCCACGCGGAGGCAGGCGGUGGGGCUGCUGGCCUUCCUUGGCUUGCUCUUCUGCCUGGGGGUGGCCAUGUUCGCCUACCAGAGCCUGCAGGGCUGCCCUCGCAAGGUGGCGGGGGAGAUGGUGGAGAGCCUUCGCUACGUUCCCCGGAGCUGUGGCAGCAACUCCUACGUCCUGGUGCCAGUGUGAGCUGCCCCCCCGCCCCCGCCUGCAUCCAGCCAUUUGACUCAGACAGCUGCCUGGGGUCCCCUGUCUUCAUACCCCCCUCACCCAACAGCCUGGCCUGAGCUGGGGUGACCACAGCGGGGAGGUGUGGUCCUCUAGGUGUGAACUGCCCCAAGCUCCCGGGCACACCCCAGGAGGCCGGCCUCGACCAUUCUCGGCCUACGGGGACAGAGGGAGUGGCCUCCCAGCUCAACCCCAAAUCCCAAAACUCUCCUCUGCUGCUGGCUGGUCAGAGGUUUCCUUUGACACUGUCCCUGCCCCAGUGGACGAUUAUUUAUUGAAUGCCCAGCCCCCCCACCCACACCUCGCUGUGGGCACCAUGUCAUCCCGUCUCACGAACGAGCAUCAAGCCAGGCCCCUGUGCCCACUCCCUCUGACCCCAUCGUGUCUCUUGGUCCUGCUGCAGUCGCCAGUCACCCCGGCCACCUGCGGUGCUAUCUCCCCCCAUCCUCUGUGCACAGCCCACGCCCCAGCUGGUGACGUGUCUUUUCCUGCAUGAAGCUAGUGUGGUGCUCCCAGGGACAGCUCUGCCCUCGGUUAGGCAUCGUGGCAAGGGGAGAUAAAGCUAUCUGGUGGCUUUCCUCCUGGGUCCAUGCUGCGUAGUCAAGGAACAUUGACUCUGAGCCUGACGGCCGGGUUCUUGUCCCGGGCCCCCCCCCCGCCCCCCCGCCGGCCCACCAAGCUAAUCCCAUCUGUGAACGGAAAGAAGGAUGGCAGAUGUGUGGCACUACCUGUACCCCUGACAUCACGAACUGAUCCCAAGACCGUUUUCCCAGACCCGGGAUGCAGCCCACCAUCUUUAUUGGCAGAGCACUUUAGACUGUCACUGCCAACAAGUCAGACUGGUCGCUGGACCCUGUGACCGGGAGGGCCUGCAAGGGAGCGGGUUGAUAGUUCAGGCCCUGCCCUGUGGGUCCCCACGUGGGAGUGGGUGGAGCCGAGGCCAGCUCUGAAGCCCCUCCCAGACUUAGCCACUGAGACAGCCUGAGCUCUGCCCGGCCAGGAGGACCAAGGGACAGAGGGACAGGCGAGGGAGGAGAGAGGGCUACAAGGACAUGUGAAACAAGCCAGGGAAGAGCUUCAGGAGCAGCUGCCCUCCCGAUGCUGCUCAGGGACUUGUGCAGGCGCUGGGCCUCAUGUCCCCUGUGGUCCCACACGCCCCGGGUUCUUCCCUGUGCCCGGGUUCUCCUUCCGCCUCUCUCACUCCCUGAAAACACUAUCGUCUGCACUCCAAGACCUUCUUUCCUGAUCUCUGCCCUCACUGCAGGCAGGGCCAGGGAUUUCCACGUUGUUUUCCAUGAACCCCCUGUUUAUUUCUGAAAGGGACGCUGCCUGGGGAGGGGGCGGCGCUGCAGGAGAGGGGAAGUGGUGGGCACAGAGUCAGGGCUGCUUCCCUUUCUUGGCUGCGGAAGACUCAGGCAUGCCCGAUGGGGCUGCAGCUGCCUGAGCUGAGCGGUGCCCCACGGCUGGAGCUGGGCCUGCAGGACUCAGCCCUCGGGGUCCCUGGCGGCAGGUUUCCCCAAGGGUGACCCUUGCCCUCCACCCGAGGUGCCAGUGACACACUCCUUCGCAGACGGGUGCUCUGAGGAAGAAGACACAGCUCUGAUCUGCGGAGAGAGGGAAGUCGCACCGCCCUGCCCAUCUGGCCUCCUACCCGCCCGUGCUGGGCAGGGCACAGUGUGCUUGGGGAGCUCAGGGCCUGGUCCAGGUGGAGUCGCUCCGAUGGCUCAGAGAGGGUGGGAGCAGGUCUGAAUGCACUUUGUUCUGGCUCCUCCCCGCUGGGAGAGCCCCAAGGGAUGGGACACCUGGUGACAGGGCUCCCUUCCUUUGUGAGGAAGCUGCUGGGGGCAGCUGGUCCCCCUUCCAUGGACUUUGUGAGUUCCUCAAAGUAGGACAUGGAGGACAAUCUGGGGAGACUUUGGAAAGAGUAGGUUGAUCCUUUUACUUUUCCAACCCUCAUCACUAAUGUCCGUGCCAUUUUGUAUUUUACUAAUAAAAUUUAAAAGUCUUGUGAAUCA